AUGGCAUGUCAUUGGGGAAACAUUGGAAUUUUCCAUGGCUGGAACCCCAGAAUGAGCAAAUACUCGCAGUAUCUCUUCAAAACCUCAAUGUUUGGGGAGAACAUGGCUGUGUUCUGUGGAGCUUCCGGAAACAAGUUUCUGUUCACCAACGAGAAAAAAUAUGUCAUCUCUUGGUGGCCUCGUUCUGUGGAAAAAGUUAUGUUAUCUCCUGAAACUCUUGAAAACUUUGUCCCAGAAGAUUAUAUUACACUACGGAGAGCCAUAGUUGAAUUUCUCAAGCCAGAAGCUCUUCAACAUUUCAUACCUAUCAUGGACUCCAUGGCAAAGGAACACUUGGAGACAUAUUGGUCUCCUUUCGGACAAGUCAAGGUUUUGCCUCUCUCAAUGAAGUAUAUCUUUGCAUUGGGUUGUAGGUUGUUUAUGAGUAUCACAGACCCCAAUUAUGUGACAACAUUGGCUGAUCUCUUUGCCCAUAUCAAAGAUGGUUUAAUGCAAAGUUAUUCAUCAGAAGCUUUUAGAAGCAUCCAACAGAGGAAGAAGGAGCAACUGCUAUCAGAGAAUAAUGUGACUGUUGCUCGUGACUUUAUAACUCACGCGCUUCCUGAAUUAGAUGAGAACAGCGGAUCAAUUAUGAACGACAUUUUGAUUGCUAGCAAAAUUAUGGGCUUACUUUUUGCUGGCCAUGAUACCACUAGUUCUGCUAUCACAUUCGUGUUGAAGUAUCUAGCAGACUUCCCUAAUGUUUACAAUGAAGUCUUAAAAGAGCAAAUGGAAAUUGCAAGAUCCAAGGGUCCUAUUGAACUUGAAGAAGAACACCACGGUGGAAUGAGCAGAGUAAAGAAGAAAGAAGGAAAGAUUAAAGGGGAGUCCACGUGUCAAAGAAGCAAGAAGAAGCAAGAAGAAGCAAAUAGAAGUGACAGAUGUCAGAUAGUAAUUGGGUGCAUUAAUAGUUAG